GAAAAUAUAUUCAGACAAAACCACCGCCCAAAACACCGCCCAUGUUGCUAAGAUUCACUUCACGUACGUCCUGUAAAGAUUUGUAAUAGUCACCAUGGACAACGAAGAAUCAUCAUUGAAAGCUACAAAAAGACGAGAACGUCAAUCAGGUCCAAGCAGCGCUUUACAUGAUGCAGAAGCCUUGGAAAGUGGAGACUCUGACAUUGGCUUCUGUGGCUGGAUGUUGGUGGGGUUGUCUCUUCUUCUCAUGGUGGUCACACUGCCCAUCUCCAUUUGGAUGUGCAUCAAGAUUGUGAAGGAGUAUGAGAGGGCCAUUAUUUUCCGCCUGGGUCGCCUGCUGCGAGGAGGAGCCAAAGGACCAGGUUUGUUCUUCAUCUUGCCGUGCACUGACAGCUUUAUUAACGUGGACAUGCGCACCAUCACCUUCGACAUUCCACCGCAAGAGGUUUUGACGAAAGACUCAGUGACAGUGAGUGUGGAUGGCGUGGUGUACUACCGAGUUCAGAAUGCUACUCUGGCCGUGGCCAACAUCACUAACGCCGAUGCCGCCACGCGCCUAUUGGCCCAGACCACACUGAGGAAUGUUCUCGGUACCAAGAACCUGGCAGAGAUCCUUUCGGACCGUGAAGAAAUUGCACACAGCAUGCAGUCCACUCUCGACGAUGCUACUGAUGACUGGGGCAUCAAGGUGGAGCGAGUGGAGAUAAAAGAUGUGAAGCUGCCUCUGCAGCUCCAGAGAGCCAUGGCGGCCGAGGCUGAGGCCACCCGGGAGGCCAGAGCCAAGGUUAUUGCAGCAGAAGGUGAGAUGAACGCCUCGAGGGCGCUGAAGGAAGCGUCGCUGGUGAUCGCGGAGUCUCCGUCCGCCCUGCAGCUGCGCUACCUGCAGACCCUCAACACAAUCGCUGCCGAAAAGAACUCCACCAUCAUCUUCCCUCUGCCUCUGGAGAUGAUGCAGGGUUUCAUUAAACACUAAUCAUCUCUCUCAUGUAAAGCUACACGCAACGAGCAUUGGCAUCGAAAACGUGAAAGUGACCUUACACUGAUAGACAUAUUUCUCAUGUAAUGCCUGAAGCUGCAGUUCUGCUGCAACCACUGCCAGCAUACAUUUUAUUUACUUACGAGGUUUUAUUUCACAAUAUGUAUUUUAAAAUGCACGCGGUCUGUGUCAUUGCAUAUUUUUAGUAACGUGUUUCCGCAGCCUCACUUCCAACCACGUGCAGUAAGUACGCUACAUACAGUACCAGGAAAAAAUACUAUAUUCUGUCCAUUCUUGCCGUUGGGCCGGGUCUUCACAUAUAUAAUUUCCUAUAACUGCAGUGAAUUAUACCUCAUAGACUAAAGAGAAUAGUCUACGUAAUGAAUUAUGAAGCUGACCGAGUGAACAAGAAUUUCAAUAUGUUGUUUUCUUAGCAACUUGGGCCAGAGGCUGCCACGUAUAGCAGAGGACGGGCAGGGAGUGUCUGCACAAAGACACUCUCAACGCUAAGGAAAGGACUAACAAUUACAAGACAAGUUUAUUUUAUACAUUUUUGCAAUUGAAUCGCAAUUCUUUAGUGAACAUCAGUAUUUUAAGAUGAAAAUUAAUGUAACAAGCUUUUUACACCACAGUGCCAUCUGCUGGAACUCCCUUGCCCUUAAUCAACACAUACAGGAAGUCCUCGAGUUACGACGCAUUCGACCUACACGUUUCAACUUUACGACGCCCGUGCCUCGUCCGCCAUUUUGUCCCAGCACCAUAGUGUUUCUGCUUAGCUAGUGCAUAGUGCUUGUGUGUGUUUGUGUGGCGGGAGUAUCUUUGCCUUUUUCACACUCUCAGCAGUAACGGUAAGUACAGAAUCUUAUUUUUUUAUUUUAAUGUAUUUUAGUUUCUUUAUACAAAGUGUUAACCUUUCCUGCUACGGUCACCUGACCGUGGUCGGGAGACGCAGGGGUUAACUCCCUUCUCUCGUUGCGCAGCUGAGCUGGGUGACGGCAACAAUGAAGGCAUGAAGCACCGAUUUGCUGUUUUAAUGGCUUUAUUAGCUCCUCUGCACAUUCAGCUUCAACGGGUCCUCCGCUAAUUGCUACUCUUCCCCGGUCCCCAUCACUUCACUCGCUACUGUACACACCCGCACCGGUGCGCACUCCUUCCUCCUUCACAGUCCCGUCUCACUCACACAUCGACGCCCACACACACUGAGCUUGCUUUCACAAUCAUGUGGGACAAUACCCGUAACAGAAGUAUUUCGCCGUAAAUUUCGACUUUUAACGGUGAAAUCCGACUUACGCGGAAAUCGUGUUACGUCGCCAGCGUACGAACGGAACUCGUUCGUAAAUCGAGGACUUCCUGUAUAUACAUCUUUAGAGCCAUGACAUGAUCCACAUCUAGUGAUGUAACACUAGAGGAGUUCAUACUUACCUCCAUCCCAUCCAAUUUCCUCACUAGGGUUGUGGGCGUGCUAGAGCCUAUCCCAGCUAUCUUCAGGCGAGAGGCAGGGUACACCCUGAACUGGUCGCCAGCCUGUCACAAGCCACAUAUAAACAAACAACCAAUCAAACUCACAUUCAGACCUACGGGCAAUUUAGAUUCUUCAAUCAACCUACCAUGCAUGUUUUUGGGAUGUGGGAGGAAACUGGAGUACCUGGAGAAAACCCACACAGGAACGAGAGAACAUGCAAACUCCACAGGAGGUGGGGCCGGGAUUUGAACCCCGGUCCUCAGAACUGUGAGGCAGUCAUACUAACCUGCAUGAAGUAUUAGAAUCUGUAAUGAUAAAUAUGAAAAAACACUAACAGUAGAUGGCGGCACGGUGGAAGACUGGUUAGAGCGUCAGCCUCACAGUUCUGAGGACCGGGGUUCAAUCCCUGGCCCCGCCUGUUUGGAGUUUGCAUGUUCUCCCCGUGCCUGCGUGGGUUUUCUCCGGGCACUCCGAUUUCCUCCCACAUCCCAAAAACAUGCAUGAAUUGGAGACUCUAAAUUGCCCGUAGGUGUGAAUGUGAGUGCGAAUGGUUUGUUUGUAUGUGCCCUGCGAUUGGCUGGCAACCGGUUCAGGGUGUACCCCGCCUCCUGCCCGAUGACAGCUGGGAUAGGCUCCAGCACGCCCGCGACCCUAGUGAGGAGGAGCGGCUCAGAAGAUGGAUGGAUGGAUGGAUGGACUAACAGUAGAUGGAUGCAGCCAUUUAUUUCUUCUUUCGUGACACCCCCCAACCAAUUCCCUAUCCCCAUGAACAGGUCUUCACUGUAGUUGUCAUAUACAUGACUAUAUAUGCUGCUUAUUUAGCUGGAGUCUCAUAUAGCUAUUAUGUAAUCUUAUAAAGUUUUAUUUUUGAGAGAGACAAGAGUGGAUUCCCUGCAAUGUACUUAAGCCAUAUGUGUAUAAUAGAGUCUUGUUUCAUAAGAGAGAUAAAGAAAGUCCCUUAGAAUCAAACCUUUGAAGCAAAAAGCCUCAACUUACUGCUAUGGAUUCGUUUUGACACUUUUUUUUAUGCAGUUUGAAACAUAGCUUCGGAGCUUUUAUUUCCUCUACUUCCCUAUAUUUCUUUCAAAGCAAGAAGUAUUUGGUCACACACUUAGUCUUGAGGGAUGUUCAAGCCAGCCAAAGAGUUAAGAGCUUUUGUAUUGGUCUGUCUUAAAACGUGUUUUAUUUGUUUUUAAAUGAUGUGACCAGGCGCUGUUAGAAUAUAGUGAAUUUCAAACUUGUGAUGUGACCAGUAGCUGUUACAAUAUAGAGUGAAUUUCAAACUAAAUAGCUUUACUAAACCAGUCAGGUGUGUUCGCAUGUGCUAUUCCACGCAAUGCCAUCAAGUGUAUUCAAGUUUAGCUUUGAGAAGUUGAAUUACAUACAGUGGACUCCCGCAUAAUUGUGGUUUAGCACACGCGGAUCUACCUACUUGGUUUGUUUCAAUUAAAUAAAAAAACAUUUCUUUCCAAUCUUAGCUUUGUUUUUCUUUUAUUUUCUUCUUUAUUGGAGACCAAUCCUGAAAAAAAAAAACGUAUUUGCGGUUAACUCCGCUUAUUUGAGAAUUUUUGGGGUUGCAGAUUAUUUUUUUCUUCUUCAAUGCAAUUAAAAUUCGUGUUCCCUAUUCCCUGCGAAUAGUGGGGGUCCACUGUACUGUAUAAGUGUUGCGACAGUCGACUGUCAUAUAGUUACAAUGCAAAUGCUACAUAAAUGGUAAAACGUUUUUUGUUAAGGUGGCAUUGCAUUAGAUGUUUUCCCACUCAAACAGCAUUUGUCUUGAAGUGCUAUUGAUAGAAAAAAAAAAAGUCUGUUAUGGUCCUCCUGAACUUAUUAAAAUUGAAUGCCAAAAACUGUAAUGUUUAUUUACUAUUAAAUGUACUAUACACAUA